CAUCAGGGGUCUGAUAAAGGGCUCGUCUGCUUCCCGAAAAUGAGAAUGAAAAUGAAAAAUAGAAGAACCAAAACUCGAUUUUUUCUUCGUGAUAAACAUGAAAGGGUGAAGCAUUUGAAAAAUGGGGGAAAAAUGGAGGUUGGUCAGCCGGCUGGGCCGGCUUGCCUGCCCGCCAUUGUUGCUUUCCAAGAUUGCUUCAGAAUAUGGGAAAAACCAAUCCUAUCGGCAUCGACUCUCUUGCGGUCAAUUUCGUAGAGUCUUGGACUCUCUCUACAAGCUAAGUACAACCAUUGCUAUUCGUGCAAUCAGUGGAAGCCCCUGGAAAAUGCCUGGCGUUGAAGUGGUUUAUGGAGAAGAUGUUUCUUUUUUUUCUCAUCCAGACCCUGUUGUGUUGGAGAUCAAUCGACUGCAGAAUCAGCUAAAAGAGAAGGAAAGGGAAUUACUGAAGGCUCAAAGUGAGAUCAAGGCGCUGCGAGCAACUGAAGCUCUAAAGGAUAAGGCUGUCGAAGAGCUUGAAAGUGAAACUAAUAGCAUGGAAGAGAAGUUGAGAUCCAUGGAAAAUCACCUCGAACAGAAGAACCUUGACAUCAAGAAACUCAUUGAUGAGAAGAAGGAAGCAAUGGCUGCACAGUAUGCAGCAGAAGCGACUCUAAGAAGGGUUUAUGCCAAUCAAAAAGAUGACGACUCUGUUCCUAUUGAAUUAAUCAUUGCUCCUCUGGAGGCAGAACUUAAGAUGCACAAAAAUGAGAUUGCAGCGUUGCAGGAGGACAAGAAGGCAUUGGAGCGUCAUACAAAAUCUAAAGAAGCUGCAUUACUUGAAGCAGAACGAAUACUAAGAAGCGCCCUCGAAAGGGCACUAAUAGUGGAAGAGGUUCAGAAUCAAAACAUGGAGCUAAGGAGGCAAAUCGAGAUAUGCCAGGAGGAGAACAAAAUCCUUGAAAAGACAAAUAGGCAAAAGGUUUUAGAGGUUGAGAAGCUGAGCCAAACAAUCAAGGAUCUCGAGGAGGCCAUACUUGCUGGAGGUGCAGCAGCCAACGUGAUUCGUGAUUAUAAACGACAGAUUUCAGAACUUAAUGAUGAGAAGAGGACACUGGAAAGGGAGCUGGCGAGAGUUAAGGUUUCAGCAAACCGGAUAGCGUCUGUGGUGGCCAACGAGUGGAAGGAUGAGAAGGAUAAAGUUAUGCCCGUCAAACAAUGGCUAGAAGAGAGAAGGAUAUUUCAGGCAGAGAUGCAGAAGUUGAAGGACAAAUUGGCCAUAUCAGAGCGAGCUGCGAAAGCUGAGGCGCAAGUCAAGGAGAAGCUGAAGGUAAGGUUGAAGACACUUGAAGAAGGCUUAAAGCAUGUGCCUACUUUCUCCAUCAAUUCGAACGGAUCCCCCAGGAACGAAAAGUCUAGUAACUUUUUUGGGAUCCUUUCAACCAAUAUGAGAACAAAGAAGCGAUCUACUUCGCAGCCCAGAGCAUCUGCCGUCGCCAAAAGCUCAAUGCAGUUGAGUGAUGGAAAAACAGAAUUUGCGUCGCGAAAUUCUUCUGGAGACAAUUUGUUGAAAAAGAGGUGGGCUUCACGAAGUAAGGUCGUUGACAACAAUGAGAAGGAGAACGCAGAGAUGAACAAAAAUGGCAUUUGCAGUGAUGGUGAUGGCCGAGGAAUGGACAACGGUAAUGGUGUAAAUGGCGGCAACAAAGAGAUGAAAGAUUCGGAGAUAGCUGACAUUGAUGGUGAAGAUGUAGUAUCCGGUUUUUUGUACGACAGGCUUCAGAAAGAAGUCAAGAAUUUGAGGAAAUCCUGCGAAUCGAAGGACAGUGCUUUGAAUUCUAAAGAUGAAGAAAUCAAGAUUCUUAUGAAAAAGAUCGAGACACUGGCUAGAGCAAUAGAAGUGGAGUCGAAGAAAGCAAAGAGAGAUGCAACAACACGAGAGAAGGAUUCUCCAUUGGUAAAGAUGGAUGAGAAGACGAAAGGCGCAAACUUUUUCAAAAGGUCCAUCAAUGCAUCUUGAAGAGGAGACAUAUCAAGAACUCACUGAGAAAACUUACUCACUGUCCAAAAUUUCAGCCCAUUCGAGUGAUGAUAGGUUACAGAAACAAUAAUGAUUCGAUUUGUGAAGAUUGUUGAGUGGGUAGCAAUGGUCUUGAGCUGUAAAUUGUCAUGUUUUUUAGUUUCUUGUUUUCAGGGUUAGAUCGAGCCUGAUUUGUCUGUAUAUCUUGUGUAAGCAUUAUGGUUUGCAAAUUAUGAAUAAACUAUUUGUUCAUUUAAUCGAAAAAAAUUACU